UGUGUCUAUGCACUGAGCCAGGCACUGGCUAAGACUUCUCAUUCACUAUCACGUUUAAUCCUCUCAGCAAACUGCAGGCUACUAAUUCUUGCUCCAAUUUCGCAAUCCAGGAACCUGGCCUCAGAGUUACAGAGUUGGGUUACUGUCCCGGGCUACCACAGCCAGGAAGGGUGGAGCCAGGAUUCAGACCUUAGUCUGCCAGAAGGAGCCCAGGAUCCUCACUGGGAGAACAGGAAUGCGCCAUGUUCCCCUGCUGUCCCCAUGCCUGGCACAGGCUCUGCACAGAGAAGGAGCUUAGAAAUGCGUGUUGGGCUGAACUGAACCAAAUCAAAAGACUCCAGAUGAGAAGAAAGAGCCCACUUCCUGUUGGACACAAAGUCCCCGGGGCAUUUCUGCAGCGCCAGCUCCUUGUGCAGGGCCUGGCACACAACCAUGUUCAAGCAAGGCUUGGGAUCGAUAAAGGAGCGAGCAUUUCAUAUUCUCGGCCAGAAGUUACACUGGGUCCCAGACCUAUUAUUGCAUUAAGAGUUGCACAAUACGAUUUUCUAAUUCUGUUAUUCCUGCUGCAUUCUUGCGUGAAAAAGACUUUUCCUUCAUCAACUGUCCACAGCAACGUCCUUCCCUCCUCUAAGCUAAAUCCGCAUGUCUGAAGGAAGUUGUCCUGCGUGUCCCACUAAAUACAGGUUCCUUUCAGCUCCCUCAGGGGUGGGGAUGGGAAGAACCUGUAGCAAGCACCUACUCUAUGCUUUAGCAAGUACGAUCUCCUUUCAUUUUCAUAACAGCCCCUGGGUCGGAGCUGAACAGCCCCACUGGAGGGAUGAGAAGACCCAGACCAGGGGAGUUAAAUGACUCCUCUAAGGUGACCUGGCAAGUUACAGGCUGAACUGGGAUUGAUCCCAGGUCUACCUGGCCCCAAAAGUUAUGCCCUUUCUCCACCACCCACUUUCCUUCCAGGCCUGAGUUGCUUCCCUUCCUGAUAGUGUGGUCGGUGCAGAUCUCAGAACGUGUAAACCUGGUGACACCAGAUCCGUCACUUUACAACCCUCAGAUCGUGGCCUACCUGAGCUCGGCAGACCUGUGGGGGCCCCUGGUGAGGAGAUGCUGGCAGAGCGGGGGGCUCUCCUGCUGCUGGCAGUGGCACUGCUGGGCCCAGGGCCCCGGGCCCAAGCCAUGGAAGGUGUCAAAUGUGGGGGUGUGCUCUCAGCACCUUCUGGAAACUUCUCCAGCCCCAACUUCCCUAGACUGUACCCCUACAACACAGAGUGCAGCUGGCUGAUCGUGGUGGCCGAGGGAUCCGUGGUGCUGCUCACCUUCCAUGCCUUUGACCUGGAGUACCACGACACCUGCAGCUUCGACUUCCUGGAAAUCUACAAUGGGGCCUCACCAGACAAGGGCAACCUGCUGGGGAGGUUCUGCGGCAAGGUGCCCCCGCCGCCCUUCACCUCCUCCUGGCAUGUCAUGUCUGUCGUCUUCCACUCGGACAAGCACGUGGCCGGCCAUGGCUUUUCUGCAGGCUACCAGAAAGAUGUGUGUGGCGGUGUCCUGACUGGCCUGUCGGGGGUCCUCACCAGCCCUGAGUACCCCAACAACUACCCCAACAGCAUGGAGUGCCACUGGGUGAUCCGGGCCGCCGGCCCUGCCCGCGUCAAGCUGGUGUUCGUGGACUUCCAGGUGGAGGGCAAUGAGGAAUGCACCUAUGACUACGUGGCUGUGCUUGGGGGGCCUGGCCCCACCCGUGGGCACCACUACUGUGGCAGCACAAUGCCCCCCACCCUCGUGUCUCUGGGCCAUGAACUGCAGGUGGUCUUCAAGUCCGACUUCAACAUCGGAGGCCGUGGCUUCAAGGCCUACUACUUCUCAGGAGAAUGCCAGGAGGUAUACAUGGCCGUGCGGGGUAACUUCUCCAGCCCACAGUACCCCAGCUCCUACCCCAACAACAUCCGCUGCCACUGGACCAUCCGCCUGCCCCCAGGCUACAGGGUCAAGGUGUUCUUCCUGGACCUGGACCUGGAGGAGCCCAACAGCCUGACCAAGACCUGUGACUUUGACCAUCUGGCGGCCUUCGAUGGGGCCAGCGAGGAGGCACCCCUGCUGGGGAAUUGGUGUGGACACCACCUGCCACCACCCGUCACCUCAAGCCACAACCAGCUUCUGCUUCUGCUGCACACGGACCGCAGCACCACCCGCAGGGGCUUCUCUGUGGCCUACAUCGGAGUGGUGCCCAUGAACGUGAGCUGCUCCCGCACGGACUUCCAGAUCCUGAUCUCCACGCAGGCGCUGGCCCCACUGGAGCGGACCAAGGUCUACCUGGGCAGCCGGGGCUGUGCCGCCCAGGAGGUCGGCGGCAACUUCAGGAUCCAGGCGCGCUUUGAUACCUGCGGCACUGAGUCUCAGAGAAGAAACAACACUUCAGUGAUUGUCAGCGUGCUGUACAUCGACUUCUCGGCUGCGGGGCGGGAGGACAUCCAUGAGUACGAGGUCCGCUGUGAGCCGCGGCGCAAGGAGGCUUCUGUCCACCUGCUGUCUGGCUCUCACUGGCUGGGGCCCUAUGCUGCCACUGCAGAGCACCUUCAGGAAGCACCACCCAGGGACGAGGCGGAGGCACUGGAGGGCCCAGUGAGCAUGGUGGCCCAGGAUACCAGUGACAUCAUCUUCCUGGGCCUUUGCAUCCUGGCUGGAAUCCUCAUGGUUAUUGCCAUCGUGGUCUUGAUGCUGCUUUGAAUAGACAGUAUAGGGACCUGGCAUCUGACAUGCCUGGGAGGCAGCUUAGGGACCCAUAACAGGGGUGGCAUGGGGAUUUGCUGACUUGGUGACCAUGGGCAGGUCAUGUCCCUCUCUGAGCUUCCAUUUCCUAGGGACAAUCAUUCUGCCCUGCUAUCUCACAGGACUGGCAUGAGGCUCAGAGGCAGGCAGAGAUGGAUAAGAGCUUUGUAAUCUGUAGCAUGCUGUGUAUAUGUAUAUGCAAUUGCUGUUAUUAAUUUUAAAGAUAUUCUG